AUGAUAGUGCCCGCUGUACGUCUUGCUUCAGGCGUUGAACCGCAACAGAAAUGGCCUGCUAUGUCUGAUAAUGAUGCCCCGUCAUCUGCUAAAGCCAACACAAAUGAAGGAAUCAAAUUAAUUGAGUUGAAUCCAACACAUGGCAAUGAAGGCACAAUAGUUACCGUGGUGGUCCAAGCUUUACCGCCCCAUAUCCCCGCUAAAUUGGCUUUCAAUAGUUUAAUGGUUGACACAAAACAAUUGCAAGCUCAAGGCAUCACAUCUCUUGUAGCCACUGUACCUUCCUUCCAGCAAACACAUUCCCCAUCGCCUAAUGUCCCCAUCAGCAUCUGUUUUCUUGAUAAAGACAUGGUGACAGAAACAUGGAUUGUUGCUGACUUUGUUUACGAUUUGCAACCACCUCAACCUCAACAUGACGAAAGCAACAAGUUCAACAAGGAUUCGUCUGCUGCUUCGACGACGACACAUACGACGAUCACUCCUUCUUAUCAUCAGCCUCUCCAUUAUGAUAAGCAUCAUGCUGCCGCACCUUCUACAGCUUCGACAGCCGCUGAUUCUUUUCAAUCGAAAGGCAAUAACGAUUUUCUCAACUCAUCAGCAGCUGCCUAUCAAAAUUUUUAUUCAUCUCCCGCUGUCAACUCACCCUACGGCUUUGGAACUCAGAUCCCGAACUACCAACAAUAUGCUUAUCAGCAGCAGUCUCCAAGAGAUGUCUUUGUUGACAAAUAUGCCCAACAAGGACGUCCCCAACAACAACAUCAGCAGCAGCAGCAGCAACAUCAAGCUCCUCCUCCUCCUCCACCGACACAGUACAGCGGAUAUAAUAACUCAGCUCUCCAUUUAUUUCCCUCCGCCGGUGCGGGCGGUUUUACAAGCAUGCUAGCAGGUGGGUUAGAUCAGCAAACAGCCGCCGCAGCGGCUCAUAAUGCAGCUGCUGCCAACGCACCUACCACAGCCGCUGCUGGUCACACAAACAUGAUACCUCCCAUGACGUCUACUUAUGUUCAUCACCACCAUCAUCCACAACAGCAGCAAGCCCCACCACCCUCUUCUUUGCCGUCCGUAUCUCAAUCUCACCACCAGCAACAGCAUCAGCAGCAGCAGUAUCCACCUCAGCCUCAGCAUCAGCACCAACCACCUCCUCCCACCCCUGCUACACCGUCUCUCCAUCUCUCACAGCAUCAGCAUCCGUCCUCUUCUAGUAGCUCAACUGCAGCGACGGCUCAUCCCACCACCAGCAGCCGUCGCCAUAACAAUGCCAGUGGAGCCGGAGGGGGAGGAGGCGGUGGCGCUAUUUUCGGCUUCAAGUCAACGACGCAUACGCCUACUACUUCUGUCGCCAACUAUCAGCCUUAUCCCGGCCUUGUCAGCCGUGCCAACUUGGAUAUUAUGGGCGAUUUAGACAGCAUGACCAAAAGCUGGACCAACGAAGAAUGGGAUCAUCGUCGUCGUCUUGUUCAAUUUUGGCGCGAGCAACAUGGGAAUAAAAUCACGACUCAUUUCCAGCCUGUACCUCAAGGUGAGCGUGCUUCCAACAGCGGUAACAUAGUCGUUUCUUGCAUUUAUUGGAUGGAACGAAACGACUUUUUCAUCACUUCUGUUGAUUGUAUCUAUUUGCUGGAAUGUUUGAUGGACAUUCGUUUCAGCGUAGAAGAAAAGAAUCGUAUCCGAAGAAACCUGGAAGGCUUCCGUCCUAUGACCGUGAGCAAAUGCAAAGUCGACAGUGCCGAUUUCUUCAAACUGAUCAUGAGCUUCCCCAAUCCUAAACCUCGGAACAUUGAAAAGGAUGUCAAGGUCUUUCCAUGGAAGACAUUGCCUUACGCUUUGAAAAAGAUUGUUACCAAAUAUACUGCCUCUUCCUAUAACAGCGUUCCUCCUCCUUUGAUUCCCACAGCUUUUCAACAACAACAACAACAACAGCAACAACAUGUCAGUAGUAGCAAUGGCAUAAAAACUUCGGUCGUCAGUACGCCGACUACGUUACUUCCGCCUACGACACCUACCACAGCCACGCCGUCCACCAUGACGACAUCUACACGUCAUCCUACCAUGAAUGCUGUCACAGCAGCAGAACAUCCAUCCACCAGCACGACGAUGCCUGCGGUUGCUGCUGUCACUGCUGCUACGACAACAACGACAAGUAUGCCCUCAGCGAUGACGGCGCAAAGCAGUAGUACGGAUCCUUUCUAUCCUCAACAACAUCAUAACACGUAUCAAGCACAACCUUAUUCUCAAGAACUUUAUGGCACAUCUUACUAUAACCAACAGCAACAGGAACACCCACCCACAAAUAAUGCUGCUCCUCCUCCUCCUCCUACUACUACUACUACGACUAAUACGACGACGGCUACUACCGAUACGACGACGAAAACAACAAUAGAGAGCAGCAACAGUGACGAUCAUACUACUGCAACUACUAAUAACCCAAAUACCAUGCACAGCAACACAUCUAUUCAUCCUACGGCUGCGGAUGAAUCAUCCGCUCACGUAGAGGCAACCAACAUGCAUCCCUCUUCCGACCAUGAUUUGCCUUCCUUGAAAACUGAACUCAAUUUAGCACCUUUAAUGACCCAUCAUGAAUCGCAUACACCCUAUUCAUCUCAUCCUAAUAACGAACCAACGAAUUAA